GACUUUUUGUGUAUGGCUAUGUAUCCUAAAGACUGACUGAAUGGCAUACUUGUGAAUUCUUGCGAUCUCAAUUUGGAUUUCUUUGUUCGACAUUACUGAUAUUUAAGGAUUGUUCGGUCUUGGUCAUUCCUCCUUUGAGAUAGAGAUCUUUUGUGCCUGGUGUGGAUUAUUGUGGACAUCUCUUCUGGAAUAACUACUUUUCUGAGACUAGACAAUGUCCAGGAAACAGAAGUGGCAGGAGGCCCUCGUUGUAUACCCCAAGACCCAUAAACUGACCCAGAAGAAGAAGAGGAAAGUGGACACGCCCACAUCCCAGGAACCCGGGCCAGCUAAGGUGGCAGUGACCAGUGGAGUUGACCAGCCGGGCAUCAGCAGGAAAAAUACCUUAAGCAUGAAAAGUAACAGCAGUGCUACUAGCGGCAGUGCUGGCAGCGCUAGUGGUAGCUACAGCAGUUGCCCUAGCUGUAGCAUCAGCAAAAGCGAUAUCAGCAAAAUUAGCGACAGUGUUAGCGCUAGCCGCCACGGCAGCGCUAGCAAAGCCAUGGUGGAGAAGACUCCGACCGGUCGGUCCUGGCGGUGCCAGGAGGAGCAACAGCAGAGGAUCGGAGGCAGGAGACGAACCCUACCCAGCAGCCGCAGCUCCCCAUCCAUCAGCACCGCCUCCUCUCUCUGUGGCUCGUCUCCCUCCAUGAGUGGCAGUGCUUCUCUCAGCCAGCUCAGCCAAACCAUCUCCAGAGACGAUGCCAAACAAUUCCUUCUAUAUUCCGGACCCAAGUCUCGGGCGGAGAGUGGAUGCUCCUCCCUAGAGAAGAACACACCAGCUACAGAUUCCUGGCAGCCAUCUUUGUCCCUGUCUGGUGUUUCUCCCAGGGACCCCCUGAGGAGGUCGCAGGUCAUAGACCAGUUAGAGGGUGAUCACGUUGACAACAUGGACACCAGCUCUUCAUCUGAGCCCACCUCCUCUUCCUCAUCAUUCUCCAACACUACACGCCAGACCCGACACAGCAGACCGCAGAUAAGCAAAAAACAGGAGCAGGCCCUGGACUCUGCUCUGAAGCAUUCUGCCCCAGGUGUCUCCAGACCAACCAUGCCCUGCUACCGCCGCUCCAAGUCCCUGGACCGGAGAGCAGCAGAGGCCAUGGCCACCACAGCCACGCCUGACCUCCUCAACUUCAAAAAGGGCUGGAUGACCAGACGGACAGACAAAGGGCAGUGGAAGAAGCACUGGUUCAUCCUGACUGACCAAACCCUGAGGUUCUACAGAGAUGCUGUUGCUGAGGAGGCUGCUGAUUUGGAUGGCGAGAUUAACCUGUCUACUUGUUAUGACAUCACAGACUACCCAGUUCCGAGGAACUACGGCUUCCAGAUCCACACUGCAGAGGGAGCGUUCACCUUGUGUGCCAUGACCGCUGGGAUCCGAAGGAACUGGGUCCAGGCCAUCAUGAAGAACGUGAGGCCCACCGUGGCCCCGGACGUCACAAGUUCUCUUACAGAGCAGAAGGAGCCAACAGGGCUACAGGAUCCAGCCCCUACGGAGACACGCUCUGCAGUGGAAGAUGUGGAUCCAGAUCAGAGGAAAAACCGUAGUGUCCGCGAGCGUCGCCGGGAGGGCCGCUACAAAACCUUCGACUGGGCUGAUUUCAGCCACCAACUGCACCACCAGGGAGAAGAGAAGGAGGCUGAGCCCAGUGGACAGCCGCGUCCUGUGGUAGGAUGGGACACCGCUGAUGGCGGCAGCCCCUCACCAGUCUCCUCCUCCUCCUCUCCGGUUGCCUCUAACUCCUGCUCCUCCGUGGCCUCCUCGUCCACCUCUCAGUGCCUCAGGGACACUGUAGCUUCACAAGAGGCGGAGGUACUAGAAAGGGGGGCAGGUCCAACCAUGCUACCCCAGGCUCCAUCCACGGCCACACCCUUAGAGGAAAGAAGUGUUGCUGGGACUAAAACACCCACAACAACCACAACACUAGUUCAUGCUCAAAAUAAGGUUUUUGAGAAAAGGGCAGUUUCUGAGGUGGACAGCAGCUCCACCUCUUCUACACUGGAGCUGCCCAUUGGGUGUGGCGAUGAUGAUGCCACUGGCCACAACCCUAGUGAUGUCCCUAGCGUUGCCCUUAGUGAUGGCCUUGGCAACACUCCUAGCAACACCCCUUGUGAUGGCACUGCCGGUGUACGGGUGGAUGUGGUGAUAGAGCAGCACUGGCAGCAAGUGGCUUCCACACCGCUGAGAGAGGAGAGGUGGGUUCCCAUCAGUAACUCUGAUGAAACCACAGAAGACACGGAGCAGCAGUCCUAUGAACAGCAGACUGGACAACUGGUCGGAGAGCUGGAGCAGACCCAGAGAGAGUUGUCCAGACUCCAGCAGGUGAACAUCAGUCUGCAGCAACAGCUGCAGCAGGAGAGGGAACGCUCCAGGGAGAGCCGCCUACUACAGAAUGGCCUGCCCACUUCUUUCAACCCGUCCUCCUCCGCAGAGGCGUGCGCGUGGCAGCGCCUUCAGAAGCUGAACCAGGACCUGCGCUUCGAGCUGGAGGCCCAGAGGAGGAGCCAGGAGGUGGCGCGUGAGGCUGAGCUGCAGCGGAGGGCAGAGCUCAUCGCCUUGCAGGCGCAGGCGUUAAGCGCAGGGGAGGCUGCAGCCCUGGCACACUCUGAGCUGCAGCAGGAGCGCCGGAGCGCUCUGAAGCAGCGGGAGGAGGAGGAGCAUGACCACCGGCAGGAGACGGAGCGGUUGCGCCAGCGGCUGCAAGAGGUGUCAGCCCAGAUGAAAGCCACAGAGAAGGUACAGGCCGAGAAGGAGGUGCGCCUGCAGAAGCACCUGGGCCUCUUGCAGGAGAGCCAGGAAAGGGAGCGCAGAAGCCUGGGGGCCAGCCUGGCCCAGGCGGAGCGCCGGACCCAGGACCUGCAGGAGCAGCUGCAGAAGGCUGAGCAGCAAGCGGAGACAUUGUUGAAGGGGCAGGGGCAGCCGUGGGCCAGGGGAGGAGAGGUGGCGGAGGCUCAGCAGCAGCUGCAGGAGGAGCUGGCUCGCACGCUGGCGGCUGUAGGGAGGCUGCAGGGGGAGGGGGAGCAGCUGGAGAGACGCUGCCAAGAGCUGCAGAACCAGCUGGCCGAGGUAGACGGGGAGGUAGAUCGGCUGCAGAGACGCCUGCAGACGGAGGAGACUGACUACUACAACCUGGAGCACUCCUACGAGAGUGUUUCAGAGGAGCUACAGCGGGCCCUGGGACAGGCGCAGGAGAGGGAGGUGGCAGCUCGCGAUGCUCGGGAGGACUACGAGAGGCUGCUGGAUAGGAAGGAGCGGGAGCUGAGUGAAGCCUUGGUUAAGAUGGCCGCCCUUGGGAGCAGCCUGGAGGAGACGGAGCUGAAACUGAGCGAGGCGAAGAAAGCAUGCACCUGUUGUUCCUCUCUUCCUCUCUUCAAAGUGACUGACAACAGACUGAACAUCAAAUCCAGCGGUCUGAAUUCACGGGAAACCCAGACCAUCCACCACUCUUACAAUACAGAUGGAGCACAGACAAAUGGCAGCGGCGUCCCUGAUGUAAACCACUCUGGACCUGGCUCAUGUUCUGUCGACCCGGCCUACCAGUACAUCGUUACGGCCGGAGACGACCCGGACAGGUUCAUGUCAGUGAUCCAGGUCCUGGAGACCAAGCUGUAUGUGACCGAGGAGAAAUUGAGAGACAUCACCCAGAGGCUGGAGGAGCCACAAGGUCAGUGGUGCAGCGGUGCAGCCGCUGACCCCCACCUCCGCUCCCAGCUCACCCAGAGCCGGGCCGCGACCCAGCGGCUUAGCCUCCUUCUCCACAACCAGGCCAAGCAGAGCAGGCGCUUCACCCUGGAGACGGAGGGCCGAACCAGGGUGCUGGGUGGGCAGUGUCAGGCGGCCCUGGCCAGUGUGCAGGCCUGCAGAGAGAGGAUCCAAGCCCUGCUGAGGAGGAACCCUGGGGAAGGCAGCAACGUUGACCUAGAAGCCGCGUUCUGCGCCCUGGAGAUGCAGCUGGUCACUGCUGCCGCCUGCCUCAGUCAAGGAGGAAUAAUUGCCGAUGAGCAAUGGCGCGAGUGCAACCGAAUUCAGAGGGAGGAGGAAGACUUGAUUGAUGACAAGACACAAUCGUGUGCCACAAUGUCAUGCCCAGAAGGAGAUGAAGCUGGAAUGGAAACGUUGGGUAGAGCAUUAGCCCUGGAAGCGUCUACGUUAGAGAAGAUGGCGUCGGCACUGCAGAGCCAAGAUGACAUUUUUUGCCAGACCGAAGCCCUGCUUGGUGGAGACGAAGGUGACUCGGCACACAUGUAUACCGACGUGCUUUCGAAAAGGAUGGCCCUCGGAAUGGGGUGUGGCAAACCAGUAGGUGGCGACACUGAGUCGGAGAAGAGCGCCAUUGCCAGGGUCUGUGCCAGAGCAGAGCUGGCCUACAUCUCUCUAACCUUACAGCGUCGCUACCAGGGGGAGCCGAUGCAAGAAGAACUGCACUCAGACAACCCGACCAGGGAGCAGCUGUGGCGGGGCUCUGAGCCAGAGGAACAGUGUGGCGGCACUGGGGAUAAUAAGCUGAGCUCUGGUCAGGCCAGGGGUCUGGCUGACAUCAGUCCUCCAGAGUUGGCUCCUUAUGAGGAACAGGUCCAGCUGAAGAACAGAGGCCUCACAGACAACAUGCUGGAGAGGGACCAAUCAGUUUGGAGUGGGGACAAGGCAGAGAAACAACACAACUGGACAGAAAGACUUGCAGUCCAGCUGCGGAAAAGGGCCAAGGUCUUGCACCAACUCUGUCAGGAGAUCCCCAGCAGCAGUGGCUCAAAGGGGGAGAGUAGUUUGGCAAAAGGUGGACGCUGUUUGGAUGACCCGGACUCUGUUGGAACCCUGCACUUGACCCUGUGCUGGCCGGAGGUGCUGUUCCAGUCCCAGGUGACCUACGUGGCGUGCCGCCUGCAGCUGGAUCACGAACAGGAACUGCUACGAUGCAAGGGGCUAUGCGACAGCCUGGGGGCGCUGUGUCAGGAGCAAGAGGCCAUGCUCAGCGAGGAGCGCCGCGCCUUUAGCCACGCCCUGUCCCGCCUGCAGGAGGACAGCCAGGCCCUCAAGGAGAAGCUGGAGUGGGUGGAGCAAGGGAGGGCUGCCGCAGAGAGCGAGACCCGGCGUAAGGUGGGUGUACUCCUAGCCGACAUCGAGAGCAUCGAGGAUCGCCAUGAGGAGCAGGUGCAGAAGCUGGAGGAGGAGUUCCAAGGGAAGAUGCGGGAGCUCCAAAAGAUCCAUGAGGAGGAAAUGAUACGUCUGCACAGCCACCAUGCUCGGUCUGCCUGUGUUGCAAUAGACGCACAACACGAGUCCCGCUCUUCACAGACCACCCCUAACACUCCUCCUGAAAAAGCCACCUCCUACCCAGACUUCACCUUAGAUUCCACCCUGCCGGCAGAGGAAUUGAAUAUGGAUGGAGCCUGCAAAAUAGACCCAGUGUCCAUGGAGACAAUGAAGAAUCGAAUCCAUGUGCUUGAGACGCAGGUGAACACCAUGAAAGACGAGGCGGGGAGACGGAAUCUGGAAGGGGAUGAAAUUGCCAUGAAGGAGGUUUACCAGAGAGACCUUGAAAACUUCAAGGCUUCCUGUGAGCGAGGCUUCACUGCCAUGGAGGCGGUGCACCAGAAGCUGGUGGGGGACCUGCAGCGGCAGCACCAGAGGGAAGUGGCCACGCUCCUGCAGGAGAGAGACCGCCUACUGGAGGAGGAGACAGCCGCCACUGUCGCAGCGAUUGAGGCGAUCAGGAAUGCUCAUCGGGAGGAGCUGGAGAGGAGUCCGAGUGGAGGGAGCUCUGACGUCACGGACCUUCGCUCCCAGUACGAGGUUGAGCUGCGGUCUCUGCACAGGGAGCUGGAGGUGUUGUCAGGCCAGUACUCCAAGAAGUGCCUGGAGAGCGCCCAGCAGAAUCAGGCCCUGGAGGCCGAUAGACAGGCCCUGCUACAGUGCCAGAGGGAGAACCAGGAGCUCAGCGCCCAAAAGCAGGAGCUGACUCAGAGGCUGACCGAGGAGAUCUCUUGCAAGCACUCCCUUCUCAGCGGAGAACUGGCCACUGCUUUUCAGGGAAAAGACCUCUACGAACUGGAGGUGAUCCUACGGGUCAGGGACACAGAGCUGCAGUGCCUCAAACAGGAGACCAACUCUCUGAAGGAGGAACUAAAAGCUGCUCACAGGGAUAAGGCGUACGCCACAGACAAGCUCAAAGCCCUGUAUGCUGAGCUGAGCUUCAGCCGGUCCAAGGUCCAAAGUGACAUUCCCAAACUGCGAGAGGAGCUCCAGACUGCAACAGGGUCUCCCAGGGAUGAGGGCAGGGGCGGCGAUGACCUCAAUGCUGCUCAGGCAUACGACAUAGUGAAGUCGACAAGCAACCCUGAUUUCCUGAAGAAGGAGAGGUCGACACUCACCAGGCAAAUCAGAGGGGUCAGGUCAAAGAGUCUGAAAGAGGGUCUCUCUGUCCAGGAGAGAAUGAAGCUGUUUGAGCAAAUGGACUAGAGGAAGUCCUUCAUUUGCUCCUUCGUCAGUGUGUUUGUGUGUGUGUGGCAUUUGCCAAUCGUGUGCUACAGUGCUAGUCUGAAUAGAAGUCUCUUUAGCUAACAUUGCAACUCCUUUUCAUUGCCAAUCUUCAUCUUUGGCACAUGACAUUGAGUACAGGGAGUGUAUUAGCUAAAGAUACUGGAUACUGGUACCCAGGCUACUGCAGUGCUUGGCUUGCCUGUGAUCUGUAGAGUGUACCAUUUGGGAGAUUUGUAGAGCAGUGAUGUGGUGAGGUUGCAAGUAUUGUGAUUAACUAUUAAUUUAUAUAUUUAUUAUUACACAGACCAAAAUAUUGCACAGGUGUGCUAGUUAAUAAAAAGAUCUUACAGGGCUCAAUGCACAAUGUGUUUCUCUCCUCCUAGUCUACUGCACCACAGCCAGACAGUCAUGUGAACUGUUUAAUUAGGGCACACUGUAGCAAAAACGAACUACCUAUGUAAGAACACACUCAAAUCUAAACACUGGUCAUGUAAAAACGCAUGUCUGAUUUAAAAAAAAUAAGUAUUUUAAUACACUUGUGUCCUGUGUUUUCGUGUUCCAUAUUAUUAAUAAAAUGUUUUUAUUUGAAUGUCA